AUGUCGUCGGAUCCAAGCACCACGCCCUCCUCGGACCAGCGCCUGUCUUCAUCGACGCCGCCCUUUACUUCCGCCCUCGGGCCCGGAGGUGAGGCGGUUGGCGUUGGCGUUGGUACGACCACGACGGCCGCCGCCCCGGCCAAGCGCACCCGAGUCCUCCUGUCCUGUGGCGCCUGCCGGGCCUCCAAGCUCAAAUGCGACCGCCAGGACCCGUGCUCGCAGUGCCUCAAAAAGGGCCGCGCGGAUACCUGCCGGUACGCCCCGCGGCCGCAGAAGCCGCAGAAGCCCGCCAAGACCAUGGCGGCGCGACUGCGGCGACUGGAGGGUAUGGUCCGUGGCAUGUUGGACGAGAACGGGGUGCCCAGCGCGGGAAGGGCGGCGGAGGCGGCGGCUGCUUUGGGGCUUGGAGGAGCACAGGUUACGGCAGUGCCGGCCGACCAGGAUGGAGCGGGAGAGGAUGCAGGAUCAAGACAAGAGAGCCCUGCUGGUGUCGGGUCAUGUGCUUUAUCGUCGGCGGCGGCGGCGACUCGGAAUAGUGGUGUGGACGCCGGGGGCCAGGUUGUCAGCGGAGAUUUGGGUGCAACGAGUUAUAUCGGUGGCACACACUUCGCCGCUAUACUCCAAGACAUUGAUGAGCUCAAGAGCUAUUUCGAUUAUCCCGAGGAUGAGGAAGUCGAUGGGACUACCAGUGACCCCUACGAGGCAGAACGUUCGCCCGAAAUGUUACUACUUUCACAGAGCGGCCCAACGAGCAGGGAGGAACUGCUCUCUCUGCUGCCAGAGAAGAACGUGGCAGAUCGACUUCUGAUGAGGUAUUUUAGCUCAAAUAGCCCUUCACAACAUAUUCUGCACAAGCCUACGUUCAAUCAAGAAUACAAUGAAUUCUGGCGAGACCCAUCCACGGCUUCGCUACAUUGGGUCGCUAUCCUGUUCAUGGUCCUCAGCCACGGUGUCUUCUUUUGCAUGUUUCAGACACCGCACGAAUUGGAAGUCGACUCACCACUGCCGGCCAUGGACAGAUUUGCUCUGUACCGCGCUCUGGCCGGGGCAGCCCUUACGCUGGGGAAAUAUUCGCAUCCAAAUCAGUGGACUGUACAGGCCAUGCUCCUCUACGUAGAGUCCGAAUUCAUGACGGCACCGCAGUCACAGAUCAACUGCUACUUGCUCUGCGCGACACUGAUUCGCAUCAUGCUCAAGAUGGGCCUCCAUCGCGACCCGGACAAGCUGCCCAAUAUCUCCCCGUACGACGGUGAGAUGCGCCGGCGGUGCUGGAACCUCGCAACGCAGAUCGAUCUUCUAGUCGCCUUCCAUCUCGGUCUGCCGGCGAUGAUUCACGGUAUCGAGAGCGACACGGACCUGCCGCGCAACUUGAUCGAUUCCGACUUUGACCCGUCCACCAAGGUCAUGCCACCACAACGGCACAUGGGAGACUACACGCCGCUGUGCUACCCCAUCAACAAGGCGGCAUUGUGUCGCGUGUUUGGCCACGUGGCCCGGCAGGCGCACUCACUCAAGGUGCCGACGUACGCCGAGAUCAUGGCGCUGGACGCGGUGCUCGAGAGCACCUAUGCGCGCGUGCCCAGCUUCAUGAAGGUAAAGUCCCUGGCCGAGAGCGUCACGGACCCGCCCAUGCAGGUGAUUCAGCGGUACGGGUUGGCGUCGCUGUACCAAAAGAGCCGCUGCGUGCUGCACCGGCGGCACCUCACCGACGCCGUGCCCACGGCCGAGCACAGCUACUCGCGCCGGGCCUGUCUCGAGGGCGCCCUCGAGCUAUUGCGCUGCCAGGAGACCUUGUACGAGGCCUGCCAGCCGGGCGGUCUGCUGAGCCCCAACGGCUGGUUCAUUGCGUCUUUGGCCAUGAACGAUUUCCUCCUCGCCGACAUGAUCAUUGCCCUCAUUAUCCAGAGCGAGCACUAUGAAGCUGACGAGGGGAGCGACUCCCAGAAUGACAACACCUGGCUUCCCAAGGGCACACCAAAGCCGACCCGGGAGGAACUCUUCACCCUGCUGAGGCGGUCCCUGUUCAUCUGGCAACAGACGGCCGGCAAAUCGGUCGAAUGCAAAAAGGCCGCCGACCUCAUUGGCGCCGUGACGCGCAAAAUUGAAGGGCGGAUGGGCAAGGCACCACUCAGCAGCGCCGUCUCCCCCGACGGUCUGCCAGUACACGAGGAGCAGCCCGACCUCAUGGCAGGGCUCACCAUUGACGCAAAUGCAAGUGAUGGAUUCACGGGUCCGAAUAUGGUUGCGGGAGGCAAUGACGUAUUUGAUCCAGCAUCCUUUUUCAACCCUUCUGUGCCCGGUGUAUCAUAUGGAGACUCUACCACAAAUGCCAAUAUAUCUUGGAUGUUUGGUCCUGAUGGAUAUGACUGGACGCAAAUCGACGCCUUUGCAAGCCCCAAUGACAACAACAACAACAAUCUCGACAUGCCCGAUGUCUCCCAACCCCAGAACACACAAGAUCGGUCCUGGCUGGAUAGAAACCCCUUGGAUGAUCUCGAUUUCCUUACGAGAACCAGCGUCACGGGAACAACUUCACUCGGCCUUCGGUAG